UGCCCGUGCCGAAAUUAUGUUAAAAGUGAUUUACAUCCUCACGAUUGCCGGUUGUUUACAUUCGCCAGUGACUUUCGGUCGCGAACAGCAGAACCAUUACACCUCGGACACUUCCAAUGGGCUGACAUUUACGCCGUCCGGCGGUACGGCCGGAUACGCACGAACGGCCGGGAACGGUGGAAGCAUCGGCGGCAGCUACUCCACAAAUGCCAAGUUUAAUCGGCGAAAGAAGACGGAAAAGUUGCACCAGGAUGGCGGUAGCAACGGUAUGCAGUACCGGGACGAGGAGGACACGAUCGAACCGGGCGUGUGUCAGGUUUACACGGGUGCCACCUGCGAACACUAUCUCCGCAACCAGACCGUCUUCGUGACGCCGGACAUCACGAUGGACACGCUCGAGGAGCGAUUGAAAGCGGCGUACGGUGUGAUCCGCGAGUCGAAAGACAUGAACGCCAACUGUCGCGUGUAUGCACUGCCCAGCCUGUGCUACAGCAUUCUUCCCCUCUGCCGGACGCCCGAACUGACCAACCAUCAGUACUUUGCGAAUCGGGCCGCAGCCGAAGCGGCACGGCGUGCGGCCACCAUUGGCCGGGGGAAGUUUAAAUCGCACGAGAAGAAAAACAAUCGCAAACAGCUGCUGCUGAAAGCGGGCCUCCUAUCAACACCCGUACCCGGGCACGAAAUCACCAUGGGAAAUGGUUCGCCAUUCAACGGUACUCAAACCACCACCGAACGGUUACGAGUGUACUUUAGCGGCGGUGUCACACCGGACCUUGGAGGACGAUUUUUCGAUGGCGAUAUCGUUACCGAGAACUCACUCCCAUCGCGCCGCGAGGGCGAAUCGCGACGUGGACGACGAUCCGCCCAAUCGAACGACUAUCGGUACGUUCACCCGGGUGAGGAAGUGUCCGUCCUGUCGUACACCUCAUCGUCGUCAGGGCCGAAAAAAUCGUACCCACCAACACGGAACACCGAAAACCUGCGACGCAUCUGCCGCAAUGAUUGUGAGCUGCUGGAAAACGAACUUUGCCAGAAGGAGUACGCGAUUGCGAAACGACAUCCUACCAUUGGACAGAAGCUGCCGCUCGAGGAGUGCGAUGAUCUACCGCUGCAGAAGAGUGUCGAUGGGACGAUCUUGAACGGGAUCGGAGGGUUGGGAAGUUCGGGUGAUAUGGAGUGUAUGCGGUUGGGUAUCGAUUUGGACAUCAAGCCGGACGAUGAUUGCUAUUGGGAGAAUGGGGCGAGCUAUCGGGGGAUUAUGGAUCGUACGAAGUCGUCCAAAAUUUGUAUGCGCUGGUCAAAGCUGAUGCACACGAUGUCGGAGUUUCCGCACCUGGCAGGUCACAAUUACUGUCGAAAUCCACCACAUGCUGGUCCUAUGGAUGCUCCCUGGUGCUACGUGGAUAUGCAGAAAACCAUCGAGUACUGCGACAUCCCCAAGUGUUCCGAGCGGAUGUGGAUGUACAUUAUUAUUGGGUUUGUAGCGGUCAUCUCGCCGCUAUUCAUUGGCAUCGGUGUGUUUUGCUGUCGAAAGUAUCGCAAGCAUGGUGUCUCCAACAUCCAAAAUAUCAAUCUUCCCAACGCGGACAAAAACAUCUACGGCAACUCACGGCUCAACUCCCCGAUCGAGAUGACCUCUCUCAUAGCGAACCAAUCGUCAACCGGGGCCGCUAGUCGGAACGCCGAAAAUGGUGGUAUACAGGGCCUGACGACCGGGCAGCCCGGUAACGGUGGCAAUCCUGGCCAGUCGUCACAGUCGCGUAACAACGGCAUCUCGCGCGUUCCCCAGUACACGCUGCAGGACGUGCGGUUCGUCGAGGAGCUGGGCGAGGGCGCGUUCGGCAAGGUGUACAAGGGUGAACUGACGCAGAAAAAUGGCGAGCGAAUCUUCGUCGCAGUGAAAGCACUGAAGGAGAAUGCGAGCGCGAAAACGCAAGCCGACUUUAAGCGCGAGAUCGAGUUGAUAUCCGACCUGAAGCACGACAACAUCGUCUGCAUCUUGGGUGUGGUGCUGAAGGAGGAACCGCUCUGCAUGCUGUUCGAGUAUAUGGCACAGGGUGAUUUGCACGAGUUUUUGAUUGCCAAUUCUCCGAACGAGGGUAAAUCGUUGAGCCAGCUGCAGUUUUUGCUGAUUGCACAGCAGAUUUGCGACGGUAUGGAGUAUCUGGCGAGCCAUCAUUAUGUGCAUCGCGAUUUGGCUGCAAGGAACUGUCUGGUGGGGGAUAGUUUGACGGUAAAAAUUUCUGACUUUGGACUGUCGCGGGAUAUCUACAGCUCUGAUUACUAUCGUGUUCAAUCAAAAUCUCUCCUUCCUGUUCGCUGGAUGCCUUCGGAGUCUAUUCUGUAUGGUAAAUUCACGACCGAGAGUGAUGUAUGGUCUUUCGGUGUGGUAUUGUGGGAAAUCUACAGCUACGGUUUGCAACCAUACUAUGGAUACAGUAACCAAGAAGUUAUCAACAUGGUUCGCGCUAGACAACUGUUACCAUGUCCAGAAUCCUGCCCUAGCGCAGUGUACUCGCUGAUGGUAGAAUGUUGGCACGAACAAGCUGUACGUCGACCAACGUUCCCGGAGAUUGGCCAUCGCUUAAAGAUCUGGUAUCAGGCACAGAAGAGAACUGAACAAAACGAACAAGGAGGUUUCAAUCGCAAGGGCUCAAUGCUAAGCGUCAACACGAAUCGAAUGUCCUCGCAGGGUAAUCUAAAUAUUGCCACGCCGUCGUCCUCAUCCAGCCAUCACUCACUAAGCCGCAACGGAGAGGGACGAUCAGAUCAGCAGCUUCAGCAACAGCAACAACCGCUUCUUUCUCAACCACAACAGCGCAAACAUCAUCACCAUUCGUUGGAGCGUGAGAAAAUCCUACGGACGAAUCAAUUACAGCAUCAGCAGCAGCAACAACAGCAGCAGCAGUUGCAACAAUCAUCACAAGUUGGGCCACCACAUUCAGCUACCGCUCGGCCACACCAUCAGCACCAUCAGCAUCACCAUUCACUAGACCGAAGCAACAACGGCAAUGGUCGGAUGGAUGAAUCCGCCAGUUCGGCUGGUGAUCAGUUCGAGACGCAGAGUAACCGUAGCUUCUAUCAUAAUGCAAGCGCCAGUCGAAGUAACAAAAGCAUCCAUUCGAUGCAGGAACCAGCGCAACAUCACGGCAACCAUCAUGCCCAUGCCCAUCAGCACCAUUCCCACGGUCAGCAACAGCAACCGAUGGGUGGACAGCAUCCGCAAGGAUACAAAAAUUUUAGCUUGCCACGGAAAAGUAUCGACAGUGGGCACGAGUACGGGUUGGACGGAUCCGGUGGAGAGUUCGCCGGUAUGGGUAUAAACAGUCCCGGGUAUCCUGCAGGUGCCGCCGGUCGGGUAGAAAUAAAAGCACGCCCUCCAAAGGAUCCACAUCGGCACCACCAUCACCAUCAUCAUCACGGUUCGGGGCGUAACAGUCGGAACCGUAUCGAUGCGGUCGCCGGAGUCGGAAGCUCCAUAUCGUCGCUGCCCGGAAGCAGUGAUCUAGCGUCCGAGCUUGAUCGUCAAGCACAGCACAUACCAAAGAAUAGUACACAGUCGCUCGUUACCGGAAAUCAACCGAUAAUACUACAACCCACCACUCCAGGAAUGCCACCGAUUGGACGGAAACCAAGCCAUAGUGGUAGUAUCCUCAGUGUGGCUAGCAGUACGAGUGAACAGUGUGGGACAGGGGGAGGAGGAGGCAUCACUUCCUUUCAGCCCGGUUUCAGUUCACCCUCGCCUACCGUACAGUCCGUUGGGAAUGGUGUUGCCGGUGGUGGUGACCCAAUAAUGCUGCCACAGAACGCACUAAUGCAAUCGUCCUACCACGAAGGAUAA